UCUAGUGGAUCUCAGUUAAGUAAGUUAUGGACCUACCAAAUUCUUCCCCUGAGGUAAUUUGUACUGCGAAUACAAUUUACCUUUAAUUUAGACUACAACUUAUCGCUUGUUGAACAUCGCACUUGUUUAGGUCAGUUUGUGGCCUUGAAAUAUUUCAAAACUAUGGAAUCCCAAGAUGAUAAUAAUACACAAGAUCCAAAAAGCACUGAUACUAGGGCUUAUUUAGAUAAAACUGUGGUUCCAGUUCUUCUAAAAGGUCUGAAUAUGAUAGCCAAAGAAAGACCGCCUAAUCCUAUCGAAGCUUUGGCAACAUUUCUGAUGCAACAUAAAGAAGAAACAGAAAACGAAUAGUGUAAAGAAAAAAACUUAAAUGGUGCUCGAGAUAAAUCACUAUUUUUUGAAAUUGAAAGUGCCGAAAACGUUUCUGAAUUCUGGUGUUUAAAUCUACAAAAUGUAUAUGUUGAUGUUCAAGUUGUCAUAUUAUUAGCCUUCUAAUUUUCUUGGUAAUUUAUGUUCUCAUUGUUUUUGGAGAUCUCAGUUGAUCCGACUUUCUUAUGAGAGUGUCGACAGAUGUAACUCCACGUAUUGAAGUAACGAGUCCUAUCCGUUGAUGAUUUGAUGGGAAAGUCACUCGUUAGCUGACAAUGUUCUCGUGAAUUUUCUGUUUUUGGGGAUAAGAAGAGUGAGGGCAUAUCAGAUGCAAACUUAUCAUUAAGUAAUUUAUAAGUUGUGAUCAAGUCACCUCUGGUUCUUCAAUAUGACAAGGUAAAUAAGUUUAGUCUGGUCAGUUUGUCAUCAUUCGGGAGCUUUGCGACUCUAGGAACCAACCAGUUUCUUGAACCUUUUCUGACAUCUCACCGUCGUUUUUGUCAGGGUCUAGCCGCUUAAUACAUCACUCUAGUUUAGGAUGAACGAAUACUGUAUAAAAAUUCAAGAAGGUUUUAGCAUCGACAUUGCUAAAGACUAUGUAUCGGUCAUACGGUUCUGAAACCUUUAGCGGCUACCACAUGGCAGCGUGUGGCAGUUUCUAUGCCUUGGCUAACGACGAUUUCUAGGUUGUCUGGACAACAGGUAGCUUCACGUUAUUUACCGUGUAUGUAUCUGUACCUUAGUGACCAAUGCACAUCAUAAUGCACUUAGAAGCAUUUAUCGGCAACUGCCAGAUUCUUGACCAUUCAGAUCAUUUCUCCAGGUUAUUCUGAAGCCCUAAACUAUCUCCAUUUUAUCGCUCACCAUAUAUUGACGUCGUGAGAGUAUUACAAAACCGAUAACGGUGGGAGACUAGGAAGAUCAUUU